UGGGAAAACAAGGCGCUCAUCCAUUAUGGAAUGCUCGGAAGGCUAUGCGUCCUUCCCCACGUAGUAAGUCAGAGUAGAGCGGAGUGAUUCCCCUUCUCAGGUGAGAAAUCGCAUAGAAGGAAUUAGAUACGAUUGCAACAUAACAGCCCAACAAUCAAGGGUCCUCGAGGCGAAAUGUUAGUAUGUUGGUGGAAUAAUGGCGCGGCCUGGAUGCUUUGAAUGGGUCUAAAAAAAGCUUGUAUCUUUCCUACCGGCUCCCUGGAUUGUAUCGGGCUCAGCCCCUUGCUAGAGCAAAGCUUGUUCAGUUCAGAGGUACGAAUCAAAUCCGAUUCGAAGAUCAAAACCGAAACACCAAAAGAUCGCUCGUUUCGUUCUUGGUUCCACCUUGCACCUGAGGCGAUCAAGCCCAAUGCACAGCCCUGUCUUGGGAUCCUUCAGGAUGUCCCACUCCAAAUCCUCUCGCCCCCAGUCCAACAUCGCCAACAUCGCCAACACUACCAACACCAUCAACAAACACCGCAACAUGCAAUGGCCGGCCCGGCCACAUUCACAGGGCAGGUGCGUUCAACGCCGAUGAGAAUAUUUAUAGAUGUAUAUAUAGCCAGGUAGGCCAGAAACCUUAGGUAAGAAAUAACAUAUUUCUUGCGGCGUCUGCAAUAUCUCUAGGUGAGAACUUCAAC